AUGACUUCAAUACAAAAACAAGUCGGCCAGCUCUUCGCGGUGGGGUUUCAUGGCCUAACCCCAAGCCCCGAAAUCAAAACUUUGAUACACGACUACCACGUCGGAGGCAUCGUGCUAUUCUCACGUAACUUUGAGAAUGCAGAACAACUCCAGGCCUUGACACAUGAUCUACAAUCUGAAGCCAAGUCAGCCGGUCACCAGCGACCGUUGCUAAUUGGAAUUGACCAGGAGAAUGGGGUCGUGACUCGCAUUUCUCCUCCGGUCGCUGCGCAGGUGCCAGGGCCCAUGGCCCUCGGAGCUACCCACGACCCGGAAUGCGCCUACAGUGCGGGGAAAGCCACAGGCGAAACUCUGAGCUUCUUCGGGAUCAACAUGAACUAUGCGCCCGUGUGCGAUAUCAAUUCCGAGCCUUUAAAUCCAGUGGUUGGAGUGCGCAGCCCUGGUGAUGACCCGGAGUUUGUGGGUCGGUUCGCGAGUGCCGCUGCGCGGGGUCUGCGGGAACAGAACAUCGUUCCGAGCGUGAAGCAUUUCCCAGGCCACGGGGACACGGCGGUUGACUCCCACUACGGUCUCCCUGUCAUUCCGAAGACUAGGGAUCAAUUGGAGCGCUGUGAGCUGAUUCCGUUUCGACGGGCUGUGGCCGAGGGCAUUGAGACUGUCAUGACUGCCCAUAUCUCGUUGCCUUGUAUUGAUCUCACGCGCCCCGCGACGCUGUCGCCGAAGGUAUUGAAUAUCUUGCGCAAGGACAUGGCGUACGACGGUAUGGUGAUCACGGAUUGCUUAGAGAUGGAUGGCAUUCGGUCCACAUUUGGCACGGAAGAGGGCUCGGUGCUGGCGUUACAGGCUGGUAGCGAUAGUCUCAUGAUCUGUCAUACCUUUGAGGUGCAAUUGGCUUCGAUCAAGCGGGUCUGCGAAGCCAUCAAGUCUGGUGAAAUCAACCAAACGCGACUUGCAGAUGCUUCUCGCCACGUUGCCGUUGUCAAGGACAAAUUUUUGACCUGGGAAUCGGCUCUUCGGCAGUCUCGCCUGGCUGAUCUCUGCGCAAUCAACAACAAGAUUGCCGAGACAACGAUGGAUAUUUACUCUAGAUCGACAACCCUCGUUCGUGACAAGAACGAUGUUCUUCCCUUGUCGAAGACUUCGAUCAUCAUUUUCCUCUUCCCCGGCGAUAAAACCCCCGCCGGUGGUGCCGUUGACGGCGAAGGGAUGGGGAGACAGGGGUCUUUCCACUCCAAAAAAUAUCUCGAUGUUCUCCGCCAACACAAUAAUUCCAUCGCCGAGAUCAGAUAUGGAACUGCUGGCCUGACUGCAGAACAAUGGCAGGUCAUAGAAGUUGCAGACGUUGUCAUUUUCACGUCUCUCAAUGCCCGAGAGUCUCCCUACCAGGAGUCUCUGGGUCUGGAGCUUGCCCAGCGUGUUCGAUCAUUAGUACAUAUCGCUGCAUGUAACCCUUAUGACUUCCUCGAUGCGCCGAGUGUGAAAACGUACAUCACGACAUACGAACCAACCAUCGAGGCUUUCUCAGUGGCUGCCGACAUCAUGUUCGGCGCACUCAUCCCAACAGGCGCUCUUCCAGUGGGGCCUAGUGCUUUGACAAGAACAUCCGCGACAGUGACACGAUUUGACCCUUCCACAGAUGUCAGUGGUAUCCUGGACGUCUGGAAAGUGGCGUUGCCAGGCUACAUUCUUCCUGACGAGAGCCUAUCCCACCUGAUCGUACGCCCCUCGGCCAACCAUUUCGUCGCCCGCAUUGGACCAGAAGUCGUGGGAUUCUGCCUAGCCUAUAUCAAUGAACAUGGCGACCCAAACACAGCCCACAUUGCUGUACUUGCAGUGUCACCCAGCUACCAACGACAGGGUGUCGGUGUUGCUCUGCUGGAAGAGACUCGUGCUCAUUUGCGGUCAAAAUUCGACCUGAAUGGUGUAAAAUUAGGCAGCUCAUUCCCUCGCUUUUGGCCAGGAAUACCUCAAGAUCUUCCAGAAACAGUGCAGCAUUUCUUCAUCCAUCGUGGCUUCCGACUUAGCCCUCGGACCGCCCGAUCCGUCGAUCUAUACCAAGAUAUUCGCAACUUCAAAUCACCAGAGAAAUAUACGACCCGGGCUGCGGAGCGAGGCUUCCGAUUCGCACCACUAACAGCAGAGACUCGAGAAGCGUGCCUGGUGGGUCAGCGCCGUAACUUCUCCGAUAAAGCAGUAAGUGCACAUCCUCUCGCUGGUUACACGAACUCACCAAUUUCCCAGGGCUGGGUAGAGGCGUACGAGGAUCUACACCUGGACAAAUACCCCGACAGCAUCAUGACAGCCUUCGACUCGCAGGGCACACAGGUCGGCUGGACUCUGAUGCUAGGACCAUCAUCGCUGCUCAACCGGACGUGGGCAUUCCCGCAACUGUGUGGCCCCAAGACCGGACUCAUCGGCUGUGUCGGGAUCGACGAGCCUUACCGCAAAUCCGGCAUCGGCUUGGCGUUGAUCUGUCACGCCAUAGAGAACAUGAAGAAGCGAGGCAUCGAAGGCGUCUUCGUGGAUUGGGUCGCCUUGGACGGCUGGUAUGAGCAGGUCGGCUUCCAGACCUGGCGGAGCUAUCGGCCAGGGGAGCUCUGA